AGUUAAGAAGUCGUUAACAUGACGUCAUCAAUUGUAGAUUGAGUGGCAUGCUUAACUCGCCGCGAAUGGGCUAUUCUGUCUGUUCCCCGCCUAAUUUUGUUGAAAAGUCAAUACAGAUGGUUGGAGCGGCAAUAGGCGGGAUUUUUGAACCAGACUAGGUGACCAUGUGCAGCACGAACUGCGGACGGAGUGGUUGGGUAUGUGGGCGCCUGAGAGUGAUCUUACAACACCAGACCACGGGAAAACCUUUCAGGAGAUUCUAGACACCCUGACCCGGCCCAACAAGUGGAUCCAAGACCCGCUGACGGUAGCUAGUCCCUCGUUGGUGACUGACAACAACCUGCCCGGGGCCGGGGAUGCGACAUGGACCGGGGCUGGCGGGGUAAUCAUGAACGGCAGCGUGACUGGACACACAACCACGGGAGCUGUCACCCACGCGGGACCGGUCGGCAUCACGGUGACGACUUCAUAUCCCGGAACAUUAUCUCCCGUGACUUCACAAGACGCGAACACCGCGUCUGACUUUUGGUACCGGUACGGGAUAAGCAUUACGGUGGCAAUCUUGGUGUUCGCUGUGGUACUUGUGCUCGUCAUCCAGUGCAGGAUUUUAUACCAGAAGAAUUUUCGCCGUCGCAGGCUGGUGGAUUUGGCUGGGAACCGGAACAACAAGGCUAGGGAGGAUAUAUUUGAGAGCUUCCACCGGCAAGAGACGGCCCAGGCGUCCAUGUCUAGCAGAUUGCAGUCUGGAACAUCCACACAGCAGGAGGAUAUACCCAUGAGGGUGAUACACGAGACACAGCCUUGCCAUCACCAGCCACCGUGGCGAGCCCCGCCGGCCGGCCGGGCAGCCGAGCCCCUAGCCCGGGUCUACCCGCUCCAUCACGGCGCACCGGCCCGGGACCUGAACGCCAACAUCACCGACCCUUUCCUGUGUGACUCCUACCGUCGUCUGUGGAAUACCACCGCGGGAGUUUACCCGAUACGCAUCCACAGAACGGUCUCGUCCGAGCCGGUCAUAGCUCGGCCUACGACCAGCCGGCGUUAUUCCUCCCGGAGCCGCGUCAGGCGUGUCAGGGUCAGGGGCGACACCAGGAUGCCCAGGUUCAACCUAUCGGGGACGCGGGUCCCGACGUCCCCCGAGUCCAACGGGGUCCAUCAUGGGAUGCAGCGGCGGAACAGGCCGGCACGACCAAACAUCAGAACCACAUUUGCCGAGGCGAAUACAAUGCUGACAGAAGUGAACACGCCCACUCCCAAGCUCGUCGUCCCGACCAACACCCCGAACACCCACUGCACCGACUCCGCACCGGAGAACGCGUCCCCGUACGGGCCCGGUUUGGACUCGGACUUCGGGGCCAGCGCCGGCAUUCCGCACUUCACCGUCUCGCCUGAUAUCGACAACGGCAUGAACGUCACUGCGGACACGUCCGUACGGGACGCCACCUACGAGUGGGACACGUACGACCCGGCGUACGUGAACCGUACGGUGAGGUACGUGGACGGCGCGUAUUUCCCGGUACUGCAAAAGAGACAAUAUUGGGUAUGAAAACAACUUUGGAACAAAGCGGUAUUUCGAAUUUUCAUGGACAAGUGUUGAAAGACAUGAAUCUGGGACUGAGAAACAUUUCCAAUUUUGUUAGAAAAUACUUUGAAAAUGCACUCUCCAUAGAAAGUGGCGUCAGGAUACUACAUUCUUUCCGUUAAGUGAGUCAUUUAAGUUUAGUGUCACAGGAAGAUGCUAAUUCUUAACAUUAUUUUUCAAUUUUUCUUAUAAUUGUUUUAAUACAAACAGAAACGUAACACUGUUAUGAAUUUUAUUUGUACUUGCAGGAAUUGUGCAAGGUUAAAGUUUGAGUUUGUAUGUGUAUUUUGGGGAAAAACUGACAAAAGUAAUGAAUCGAACCGAAUAUGGCAGUUGGUACAAAUUCUGUUACAUAUUAUUUCUUAAGAGAAAAUAAAUUAUGCCUAGUCGAAUGUAUCUAAAGAUAAAUGAAAUAAAUGUUUCAACACUUCCCAGUAAGUAUCACUACUUUUAUUGCUAGACGAUCACUCUACUAUUUUUUUUCAACAAAUAUAUACAAAUAUUGAAAUCUUUUCUUCAAAACUACAAUAUCUGUAAAAUUUAUGUACCACAAUUUAAUUAAUGGGAUUGAAAUUGUAGUCAUAAAGGGUAGUUUCAUUUCCUUUUGUAAGGGGAAAACCCACUAUAUUGGGUCAAGAAACUUAUUGAUCUAAAAAUAAAAUAGCAAUAUCUUCAGCAAAUCAUGAUCCCCUUUCGUUUUUCUUCAAUCUUAUAAAUAUAAUUUUUCCAACACAGCUACAUAGAUACACUUCAACAGAAUAUUUAUAACAGAAAUUUGAAGAAUGAAAAAAAAAAAACGAUUAUAAACAACUUGCACGCGCAUGAAAAAAACAUUCAUAUGUACAGAAUUCGUUUUAUGAAUUAUAAACUAUACAUAAAGUCACAUAAUUACUUCAAAUAUGUACAUUUCACCCACAUAACGAUCUGAAAGACAAGGUUUAAGUACUAAAGGUUUAAGGUAUGGAUGAAAACACAACAAUCGUAACAGUGUAAGCGGUGAAGAU